AGUAUAUAAACACCCAGCAAUGGCACAGUUUAGAUGUAUUUCGACGUCGCCAUUAUAUUAAGUGAAACGAUGAAGCAGUUUUUAUUUGCGGUAUUUUUGUCGAUUUUAAUAUUUGAUGGGGUCAUCAAAGAAUCUAUGGGACAAAUAACCUUUAAGAGAGUCAUCAAUGAAUUUGUCGAUAAAGUUCAACCAGUGACUGCUGCUAAUAAAAAUGCUGCUGAAACUGAGUAUAAUCGACUUGCGGCCUUAGAUACUCAUAGCAUGCAAUUCCUCAAUGCAAAAAAAGCUUUCAAAAAGGCCAACAAAGAAAUAGAUAGAGAUUGGGGACAUGAGUUGACAGUGCUAUUCAAACCAUAUCCAGUAACUGACGCAGUUAGAACUGCAUUUGAACCGCUUACAAUCCCUGAUCAGGUGAAAACUCACGUACAAGGUCUGGCCAAUCUUACGUCUACAAAGCAUAAAACUGCAAUAAACAAAGUAAUCAAUGAGAUUUUUGGUAUUCAGGAGAAUUUAAAUACCUCAUGCAAUCAAUUAUUAGGAAAUCUUCAAUCUGACAUGGGUAUCAACUCUCUAAUUCAAUCUGAUAUUGUAUAUAACAGUUGGCAUACUGAAGUUCUUAAUAGUGAUCUUUUGACUAUAAUCACAUAUAAUAUACCAAUCAUGAAAAGAAAAAAUACAUGGUGGCGAAAUAGAUUCGGAAACUUGGUGACGGCAGUAAAUAGCGCGAGAAAUGCUUUCUCCGGUGAAACAGAUUCAAUUAUUCAAAAAUUGAAUAAUAAUGCAGAUCCAAACCAUGUAACGAGCAUCUUGAAAAAUUAUAAAAAAAUCCAAACUACCUACAAGAAAGCUCUUGAAAAAAUCAACCAAGUUGUAAAUGAAUAUUUUGGCCUACGAUAUGCUUUUAUCGAUAUUUUAAUGGGAGAUAGAACUAACUGCGAUCUAUUCAGAAAAACUGAAAAAGAAAAAGAAACACUUCAACUCUUGUAAUAAAAUAUUCAUCUGGGUAUUUCAAACAAUUCAAAUUUGUUCAACAUUUAUAUGAUAACAUGCAAUUUGAAUUUUUAAAUAAAAUAUCGAAUAAAACAAUUGA